AUGCUCCGAACUGUUCUAAUUUUUGCCAUAAUCGGCAUUUAUUCUUGCCAAUCCGGUCCAGCUAUUAGGCCAGAGGACGCACAGAAAGUGCAAUGUUCAGUUUGCCAAUUUCUCGGAGCAUCGAUGGCUGCUAAAACUGGAGCCACGCGUGAAGCAUCUGUGGCACACUGUCUGAAGUUUGAGGGAUGUGAGAAGCAGUUGACAGAUUGCGAGAUAAUCUCCACAGUCCAUGCUGAAAUUCAAAGAACCCCUGAAAAAUUCCAAAACUCCCUCCAAUCAGUUUCUAGUGCUGCCCAGAGAUGUUCUGCUGAGCCAUCAGCUCUUGUCAUUAGUGAAAGUGCUAGCAAUGUUCAAUGCAUGUUGUGCUUCCUUGUCUAUGAUGUUCUCAAAUAUAUCAACUACAGUAAUCUUCAGCCACAAUAUCAAACUCAUUUCCUUAUUCCAGAUAUCCUCGAAAAUCCUAUGCUUGGAACAGUUAAGGCUGCGAUUGCUGAAGCAUGCGCUUUCUUGAACGAAGAAAUGUGCCAAGCUCUCUUCGAACCUGACACAUUCGGAGCGAUUAUUAGAGGACUUCAAGAUUCUCUCGGUGGAUUUUACGACUUAAUCGCGGUGCAGGGUUUUGGAUGUGUGCCAUACACCCAGUUGUUUGGAGAGUGUCCAGGUCAUUGA